CGGGGCGGGGGGCGCGCCGGGAUGGGCCCCAAGCGGCGGCAGCUGACGUUCCGGGAGAAGUCGCGGAUCAUCCAGGAGGUGGAGGAGAACCCGGACCUGCGCAAGGGCGAGAUCGCGCGGCGCUUCAACAUCCCGCCGUCCACGCUGAGCACCAUCCUGAAGAACAAGCGCGCCAUCCUGGCGUCGGAGCGCAAGUACGGCGUGGCCUCCACCUGCCGCAAGACCAACAAGCUGUCCCCCUACGACAAGCUCGAGGGGCUGCUCAUCGCAUGGUUCCAGCAGAUCCGCGCCGCCGGCCUGCCGGUCAAGGGCAUCAUCCUCAAAGAGAAGGCGCUGCGAAUCGCCGAGGAGCUGGGCAUGGACGACUUCACUGCUUCCAACGGCUGGCUCGACCGCUUCCGCCGGCGCCACGGGGUGGUGUCCUGCAGCGGCGUGGCCCGCUCCCGGGGCCGCAGCGCCGCUCCCCGGGCCCCGGCCGCCCCUGCCAGCCCGGCCGCCUUGCCCUCCGAGGGCAGCGCUGGGAGCACUCCGGGCUGGCGCGGGCGGGAGGAGCAGCCGCCGUCGGUGGCUGAGGGCUACGCCUCCCAGGACGUGUUCAGCGCCACCGAGACCAGUCUGUGGUACGACUUUCUGCCCGACCAGGCCGCGGGGCUGUGUGGAGGUGAUGGCAGGGCGCGCCAAGCCACCCAGCGCCUGAGCGUCCUGCUGUGCGCCAAUGCCGACGGCAGCGAGAAACUGCCCCCGCUGGUGGCAGGCAAGUCAGCCAAGCCCCGCGCGGGCCAAGGAGGCCUGCCCUGUGACUACACAGCCAACUCCAAAGGUGGUGUCACCAGCCAGGCUCUGGCCAAGUACUUGAAGGCCCUGGACACCCGAAUGGCUGCAGAAUCUCGUCGGGUCCUGCUCCUGGCUGGCCGCUUGGCUGCUCAGUCCCUGGACACCUCAGGUCUACGGCAUGUGCAGCUAGCCUUCUUUCCUCCGGGCACCGUGCAUCCAUUGGAGCGAGGAGUGGUCCAGCAGGUGAAGGGCCAUUACCGCCAGGCUAUGCUGCUCAAGGCCAUGGCUGCACUGGAGGGCCAGGAUCGCUCGGGCCUGCAGCUGGGCCUCGUAGAGGCCCUGCACUUUGUGGCUGCAGCCUGGCAGGCAGUGGAGCCUUCCGACAUAGCUACCUGCUUUCGCGAGGCUGGUUUUGGGGGUGGCCCUAAUGCCACCAUCACCACUUCUCUCAAGAGUGAGGGAGAGGAGGAGGAGGAAGAAGAAGAGGAGGAAGAGGAGGAAGAAGAAGAGGAGGGUGAAGGGGAAGAAGAGGAGGAGGAAGAGGAAGAAGAAGGGGAGGAGGAGGAAGGAGGAGAAGGAGAUGAGUUGGGAGAAGAGGAGGAGGUAGAGGAGGAGGGUGAUGUUGAUGACAGUGAUGAAGAGGAGGAGGAGGAGGAAGAGAGCUCCUCUGAGGGUUUAGAGGCUGAGGACUGGGCCCAGGGAGUAGUGGAGGCCAGUGGCAGUUUUAGGGGUUACAGUGCCCAGGAGGAGGCCCAGUGCCCUACCCUCCAUUUCCUGGAAGGUGGAGAGGACUCUGACUCAGACAGUGAUGAAGAGGAGGAAGAUGAGGAUGAGGAAGAUGAUGAUGAAGAUGAUGAUGAUGAUAGUGAUGAGGUGCCUGUACCCAGCUUUGGGGAGGCCAUGGCCUACUUUGCUAUGGUCAAGAGGUACCUCACCUCCUUCCCCAUUGAUGACAGGGUGCAGAGCCACAUCCUCCACUUGGAGCAUGAUCUGGUCCACGUGACUAGGAAGAACCAUGCCAGACAGGCGGGAGUUCGGGGUCUUGGACAUCAAAGCUGAGCCACUGGGCAAAGUUGUGCCCCGAUCCAGAUGGGCAGCACCAGCCCAGGGUGUAGAACUCUGGGCAGCUGCUGGAGACAAAGGAGGGAGCCCUAGGCCUUUAGUAAUAAUGCUUCCCCUGGCCCUGAGACAGGCCCAGGAGCUGAGGGGUGCCUCACUGCCUGCUAUUGCCUCUUUCUCAGAAUCCUCUUUCCUCCCCAUUAGUCCUGGGCUCAGGGCACUGGGUGGAUGGGGAGCUGUCCGGUGCUACCACACCAUGCCAUCAGUGGACUAGACCACGGCAGCAACCAGGGAUGGGCCCUGGAAACUCCCAGCCGGAGAGUGCCUCUCCCCCUGCCAUCCAACCAAGUCUUUGGUCGGGGGACCCCAAAGCCAUUCUGGGAAGGGCUCCAGAGAAAGGUCCAGCCUAGGGCCUCACAGGACUGGCAGCACCGCUCCCACACCCGUGGGCUACCUUGAGAAGCACAGUUAACUUAGAGCAGGUUUCUGAGCCUGCUUCUGCCUGCUUUCCACCUCCCUAUUCCUUUCUCUGGCCCAGUCUGUGUGACUUUGGCCCUUGGUAUUCUUUCCAGAUAGGAGGAGGUUUCCAAGAGGCCCUCCAGGGGAGUGACAGUGGGUACCUCCAUUAUGGGCAGCUGCAGGCCUCAUGCCUCUCAUCCCUCUCUGGUAGGGCCCCUUCCUGGGCAGAGGGGCCUGGGGCUGGGCGCAGAGUCCAGCCAUCCAGCUGCUCCUUUCCCAGUUUGAAUUCAAUAAAUCUGUCCACUCCCCUUUUGUGGGAGUGAACAUUUUAACAGCCAA